AUGAGUAUCUGCACUGAGAAAAUUGCUAUUUUCCCAUCACACGGCAUCUGGUCAUCGAACCGCUCCCACAGCACAGCGCGCGCCGUCGUCGGCUUUCAAAAAGAAUAUGGCCGUUGGGUGACACGACGCAUCGCAAUCAUUACAAUUGCCGCCAUUUGGCUGCUGGCCGCAUUUGUCUCGUUUGUGCCAAUCUCUUUGGGUCUGCAUCGGCCGGAGCAGCCGUUAAUCGUUGAGGAUAAUGGAAAACGGUAUCCCACGUGCGCGCUGGACCUGACGCCAACCUAUGCGGUCGUCUCCAGUUGUAUCAGCUUCUAUUUUCCAUGUCUCGUCAUGAUUGGCAUCUACUGUAGACUUUACUGCUACGCUCAGAAGCAUGUUAAAUCGAUUAAGGCGGUCACACGCCCCGGCGAAGUUGCCGAAAAGCAACGCUACAAAAGUAUACGACGCAACAAAAAUCAACCGAAAAUGUUCAAAGUACGUAACCUGCAUCACAGUUCGCCCUACCAUGUGUCCGAUCAUAAGGCUGCCGUAACAGUGGGCGUCAUUAUGGGUGUCUUCCUCAUCUGUUGGGUACCAUUCUUCUGUGUCAACAUCGUAGCCGCCUUCUGCAAGACCUGCAUCGGUGGUCAAACCUUCAAAAUACUCUCAUGGCUAGGCUACUCCAACUCAGCUUUCAAUCCAAUAAUUUACUCAAUUUUCAACAAGGAAUUUCGUGAUGCUUUCAAACGCAUACUCACCACACGAAAUCCAUGGUGUUGUCGACAAGAAGUUGGCAAUAUACAUCCGCGAAAUAGCGACCGCUUCGUAACUGAUUAUGCGGCGAAAAAUGUGGUGAUGAUGAAUUCGGGCCGCUCGUCGGCCGAAAUCGAACAAGUGUCUGCGAUUUGA